AUGUUGGGAGACAUCGGAAGAAUCCCAAUUAUCACUCUUAGCGCAUGCAAAAGCCUCUCUGAGAUCCUCUCCGACCUUCCACUUCCCCAGCCCACUCCAAAUGUCCCCCCAGAUUCUGCUAGACUGCUUAAUGAUCCUCUCGUUAGAGAAUCAGCGGAAGCGAACCUCCAAAGUUGUAAGGAAUGGCUUGUAGACAUUUUAGCCGCGGCGUUGGACAACACUUCCACGAAUUCCAUGAACGACGCAUCUGCCGUCGGGGCAUCCAAGAAAAGGAGCCAAAAGCAGACUAGCCAACCUGGUAUAUAUAGCGUGGUCUCGGUGGAACCCCUUAAGCUUUCUAUAAAGCGGGCGGCUAAUCACUCGCAAGAGCUGACUUCCGAUGCUGGUAAAACAAAACAACGCAGGCGAAGACGUGCUCCUGGAAAAGAUACAAAAUCUCCAAAACGCACUUCGGCUGCUGCUGUUGCCGCCGCCGCCGCUGCCAACGCCACUACAAACUCCCACCCGACUGCUGUUCCCGCA